UGUAAAACCAACAUUUUCGUCUCCCUACAUGAACCUCAGCUUCACCAUUCCUUCAUAGACACCAAUCUCACUGCUUAUCAAGCUAACUAAUUUUCUGGGUCCUGCGUCUAUUAUCCUUGUUUCUCAUUCAGUGACCGACCGACUCGCCUCUUAAUACAACGAUUGCACGACUUCUUCCUUAUUUCCUUGUUACUCGAAUCACUGUCAACUCGGUAUUCAAUCAUUCUCAUCGAUUCCUCCUUCAAUGGACGACUCAGUCUCCUAUCACUUUGCCACGGUCAAGCAACGGCGGGAGAACAGACAUGAAAUUGAGUACCACUUAGCAUUGCGACAACAGCCUAAACAGUCUCGCAUGUGCGGUGUGGGCGAGAAAGCGGAUAGAAGACCCAUUGAUCCACCGCCCAUUGUUCAAUUGAAGGUCUACGAUCCGUCUACCAGCUACACCGAUCGCAAUGCCUAUCUGCAAAAUCCGUAUUAUUUUAUGUACGCUUCGCUUAUGGCUGCUGAUCUGGAUGAAGAACUUCAUUUGUUGGGAGAUGGGAAAACACGAAGUACGACAGGUUCAGUGGUCUCGUCCCUGUAUCAUUUAAAAGAUAUCGACAACACAGAUGCCGGUUUCUUUGUCUUUCCCGAUCUCUCUGUACGCAUGGAAGGCACUUAUCGCUUAAAACUAAGCUUGUUCGAAAUUAUCGGAAAAGAAGUAUUCCAUUGCAAGUCCAUCAUUUCUGAUGUGUUUGUCGUCUAUUCCGCGAAAAAAUUUCCCGGGAUGGAAGAAUCUACGUUUUUGUCACGAUCGUUUGCAGACCAAGGUCUGAAAAUCCGUAUCCGAAAAGAACUUCGACAACGACGUAAAAUCAGUCGACGGAAGGGAUCUGAAGAAAGUUCCCCGAAUCCUAUCGAUCUCGACAGCAAAGCCGUCGGCAAACGUAUAAAAAAGACUGGAUCGACCUCGGCUGAUAUGUUAGUGCAGGCAACGACGUUAUCCGAUACUUCCACCCCAGUCAUCUCUUCCGAUGCUGAAUCCGCUCAUUCCACUCCCAGUGCACUGUCUUUGGCAUCGUCAUCCACUCCAACUGCAACCACUCACACCGCCUCCAAUCUUUCCCACUCCAGUUCCUCGUUUUACCCAGGUUCUGAAGUAUCCCAUCGCCACCUUGUGGGAGACACAUCCUCUUCCUCUGUUCCCGCCUCCGAUAUUCGUAUAAGCACCUACUCACCGGACGUCCAUGCCUAUUAUCCAUGCUAUCCGUUGAAAGCCGAUAGACCUAGCAUCAAUCCUGUUCAUAAUAACCCAAUCCAUUCCACUUCCAGGGGCGUCGUUGCUGCCAAGACCCCAGAUACUGUUUCCUGGACGCCACUCACGGGCCGAUCUUCCGACGACGGCACUCGCAGACAAGAUAACAAUGAAAAUACACAGCACCCACCGUCUACACACUCUAUACAACACCAUCCAUCGCCACAGCAGCAGCAGCAGCAGCAGCAACCAUCUCAUUCUACCUACUAUUUGUCACCUCCUCAGUCCAUGGGAUUGCAUCGUUCUACGCCUUCUAAUUCAAUAGAACAAGUGGUUUCCUGUGCAUACCCUCCUCCUCCUCCAUCCUAUCGCCCUCCAUCGGACACUUAUUAUCAUGCUUCACUUUAUCCCUUAACCACGUCCAACGCGAUUCAUCCUGCUUUAGCCGCUCAUUCCCUCAACUGUCCAGAUCUAUUAGCUUCAAAGUCUGCUGAUUCGAUGCCAUCAGCGGACUCGCUUCAUCGUUCAUCCUCACGCCCCCAAGGUUAUCCCAGUCCAUCCACAAGCAAUCUAUCGACGACGUCGAAACGGGGUUAAUCCCACCAUCUUUUCCGUUUUUUGAAGCGACACAACUUUUUUUUUUCUCUCCCGUGACAUCCUCUUUGGCCGAUAUAUAUAUCCAUUAAUGAAUGUACUUUAUAGUAACAAAAAAACAAGCGCCAAUAGCAAUAGCAAAUAUCAUUUCCCGGCAUCCAUCAUCUUAUUGUCGAAAAAAUCCGCAAAAUUUCGAUAGAUCAAGCUGGUGAAAAAACAAAAAAAAAAGUUCUAUGUGUAAAUUCGUAUUCGCUAUUGUCUUUUUCUUUCCUGUGCAAAGGUUUUAGAUACUAGGUGUACAUUAUAAUCACUGACGCUCAGCGGUGCCUUGAACUAAAAUUAUCUAAUAUCAAAUGGACGAUAACCUUUAAUCGCUCUGUGAGAUUGAAACCACAAUGUCAC